AUGCAGCAGAGGGAGAAGCUUCAUUACAUGCGGCUUAUUGAGCAUGAGAUGCCGAAGCUCGUCGCGUACCGCAAGGCAUUCGUUCCCCCAACAGACUCUUCUCCCUUGGUCGUGCGCAGGGUUUCUUAUGGUGGUGAGGAACACCCGGCUACCACGAAGCGUAGCAUCGUAGCACCGGUCGCCAAGCUCCCCCUCAAAAAUGCCCAUGCUCUCCACAAGUUCAAGCUGCUCGCUGGUGUUCGAUGGACACCAACCGCCCCUGCUGACGCUGGCCUUAGCGUGUCGGAGUGUCAGAGCGAGCAUGGCUUCUUCAAGAUUUCAUGUGAAGAGUUCAAGGCGCCUGCUAUGAAUCUGAAAUGGGCGAGCGAUGCUCUGGACCGUCUUGUGGACGAGGCGAACGAUACGAAGGAGACUUUCGCCGACAUCCCCAUCGACACGCGGCACGUCGAGUCCAGGAUACGGAAGUCGAAGAAGGGGGGACACAUUUAUGGCAAGCAGACUCACCAACCGACCCUGAAGGACUUCCCCGAGGAAUGGCUCCCGACAUCAAAAGCGCAAGCUGCACCCUCUGCAUAG